AUGCCUAUCUCCACGUUUCUCGCAGCGGGCCUUCUUGCCCUCCAGGUCAACGCGCUGCCUGGACGUGACAACCCCGCAAUUGUACGUCGCGCCUGUCCAGACUACACAACUUAUGCCGCGACACCGCAUGGUCCCUACAGUGGAGGCCCCUUGAAUCUCCCGUUCCAGCGCCCUUCAGAGGCAUGUCGCACCUUCUCUUCGUCGUCAGUCGAGAAGGUCAUCGACGAUGUUACAUCGCGUCUGGUCGACAAGGACCUCGCGCAACUGUUUCGUAAUGCGUAUCCCAACACUCUCGAUACAACAAUCAGAUGGCACGUAAACGGCUCCAGCAACGCCGUAAAUAGCCAAAAGAGAAAGCGUGACACUUCAGAUUGGAGCGGCUUGCAAACAUUCAUCGUGACUGGUGAUAUUAACGCGGAGUGGCUACGCGAUUCUACCAAUCAAGUGAUGAACUACCAGAAGCUCGCAUCUCAGGAUAAGAGUCUUUACAAUCUCAUUCUUGGUGCGAUUCGCACUCAAGCCGAGUUUGUAAUCAAAUCACCUUUUUGCGAGGCUUUCCAGGCUCCCUCUGUCAGUGGCAUUGCUCCUGAGAACAACACCCAGAUUGACACCGUGACCCCGACAUACGAUAAGUCUUUCGUAUACGAGUGCAAGUAUGAGCUUGAUUCGCUGGCACAUUUCCUCAAGAUGGGCAGACAAUUCUAUGAGAAUACCGGAUCGACCGAGUUUCUCACAGAUCGUUGGUUCACGGCGUUACAAACUCUACUCAAUGUGAUCGACGCGGAGUCACAACCUACUUUCAAUUCCAAGGGCUCGUUCGUGCAGAAUAAGUAUACUUUCCAAAGACAAACUACCAUUGGUACGGAGACUCUCACCCUUUCGGGUGAAGGAAACCCACUUAACAGUGGAACCGGCCUCAUUCGAAGUGCGUUCCGACCAAGCGACGAUGCCACCAUUCUGGGAUACUUCAUUCCUCCUAACGCUAUGAUGUCUGUGGAGUUACAGCACAUUUCCAAAGUUCUUAAGGCCGCCGGUGGUCAUGAUGACCUUGCUUCAGAACUACAGGACCGCGGCGAGAAGCUCGCUGCUGCUGUCCGCGAGCACGGAAUUGUAAACAAUGGCAAAUACGGCGAUGUUUACGCAUUCGAGGUGGACGGGUAUGGCUCGCGCAUUAUUAUGGACGAUGCGAAUGUUCCUUCCCUUCUUUCGCUGCCGUAUUUGGAAUUCGUCAACCAGACCGACGAGGUCUAUCAGAAUACUCGCAAGAUGGUUACCGAUAAGCUUGGUAACCCUUACUAUUUGGAAGGCUCUGCUUUCCAUGGUAUCGGUGGCCCACACAUUGGCCUUCAGAACGCUUGGCCAAUGUCUUUGCUUAUCCAGGCUCAGACCUCCGACAAUGAGACUGAAAUCAUGGAAUGCAUUAACCUCGUCCGGGACGCUAGCUUGCUGGGUCUUAUUCACGAAUCCGUUAAUGUCACUAAUGUCAAGGACUACACUCGUCCAUGGUUCUCAUGGGCUAACUCUGUUUUCGCUCAGACCAUUCUCAAGGUUGCUGCUGAAAAGCCACAACUGAUCUUUGGAAAGGAUGCUGAGCCUUAUAAUGUUUCUUAG